AUGGAGACCACAGCGGCCCGCGAGGCCCGGGGGGCCGAGGCCCCACGCCUGCCCGCGCCCCCGCCCUCGCCCGCCGAGCCCCCAGCCGCGUCCCCCAGCCCGGCCGCGCCCCGAGCCCGCCCGCGCCUCAUCUUCCGCACGCAGCUGGCUCACGGCAGCCCCACGGGCAAGAUCGAGGGCUUCACCAACGUCCGCGAGCUUUACGCCAAGAUCGCCGAGGCCUUCGGGAUCGCGCCCACCGAGAUCUUAUUCUGCACCCUAAACAGCCACAAAGUGGACAUGCAGAAACUCCUAGGCGGCCAGAUAGGGUUGGAGGACUUUAUCUUUGCCCACGUGCGCGGCGAGACCAAAGAGGUGGAGGUCACUAAGACCGAGGACGCCCUGGGACUGACCAUCACUGACAACGGGGCUGGCUAUGCCUUCAUCAAGAGGAUCAAGGAAGGCAGCAUCAUCAACCGGAUCGAGGCAGUGUGCGUGGGCGACAGCAUUGAGGCCAUCAACGACCACUCAAUCGUUGGCUGCCGCCACUACGAGGUGGCCAAGAUGCUCCGGGAGCUGCCCAAGUCGCAGCCUUUCACCCUGCGCCUGGUUCAGCCCAAGAGAGCUUUCGAUAUGAUCGGCCAGAGGAGCCGGAGCAGCAAAUGCCCCACGGAGGCAAAAGUCAGCAGUGGGAGGGAGACCCUGCGGCUUCGGUCUGGGGGGGCCGCCACUGUGGAGGAAGUGCCUAGUGAAUUUGAGGAGGAGGCAUCUCGGAGGGUGGAUGACCUGCUGGAGAGCUACAUGGGCAUUCGGGACCCAGAGCUGGGUAAGGGGCCAGGCGUCCACCAUGGUGGAGACAUCCAAGAAGACAGUGAGUGUCCAGGAGUUUGCACGCCAUUUAGACUCCGUUUUGGGCGAGUUCGCCUUCCCGGACGAGUUUGUGGUGGAGGUGUGGGCCGCCAUCGGCGAGGCCAGGGAGGCCUGUGGCUAGUCUGCCCCGGGGCCGAGCGCAGCCCCAGCCCGGAGCCCAGCCCCUUGUCCCAGCCCUCCCGGCCAGUUCCCCAAGCCCAGCCCUGCUCUGGAGUCCAGAAGCCCAGAUCUGAGACCCAGCCCUGCUCUAGAGCCCAGCCCAGCUCAGAGACCAAGCCCAGAUCUGAGACUGGUAUCACCUCUAGAACCCACACCAGUUUUGAGACUGAGCCCAGCCCUGAGACUCGGCCAUGCUCUAGAACCCAGCUCAGCUCGGAGACCAAGCGCAGCCCUGAGACCACGUUCACCUCUAGAACCCAUACCAGUUUUGAGACCAGGCGCAGCCCUGAGACCCAGCCCUGCUCUAGAACCCAGCCCAGCUCAGAGACCAAGCCCAGAUCUGAGACCCAGCCCUCCCCUAGAACCCAGCUCAGCUCGGAGACCAAGCUCCCCUCUAGAGGCAAGGCCAGCUCUGAGACCACGUUCACCUCUAGAACCCAUACCGGUUUUGAGACCAAGCCCAGCUCUGAGACCAAGCCCUGCUCUGGAACCCAGGCCAGCUCUGAGGCCCAGUUCAUCACUAGAACGCAAGCCAGUUCUGAGAUGCAACCCAGCUCCAGAACCCAGCUCUCCUCUAGAACCCAGCCCAGCUCAGAGACCAAGCCCAGAUCUGAGACCCAGCCCUCCCCUAGAACCCAGCUCAGCUCGGAGACCAAGCUCCCCUCUAGAGGCAAGGCCAGCUCUGAGACCACGUUCACCUCUAGAACCCAUACCGGUUUUGAGACCAAGCCCAGCUCUGAGACCAAGCCCUGCUCUGGAACCCAGGCCAGCUCUGAGGCCCAGUUCAUCACUAGAACGCAAGCCAGUUCUGAGAUGCAACCCAGCUCCAGAACCCAGCUCUCCUCUAGAACCCAGCCCAGCUCAGAGACCAAGCCCAGAUCUGAGACCCAGCCCUCCCCUAGAACCCAGCUCAGCUCGGAGACCAAGCUCCCCUCUAGAGGCAAGGCCAGCUCUGAGACCACGUUCACCUCUAGAACCCAUACCGGUUUUGAGACCAAGCCCAGCUCUGAGACCAAGCCCUGCUCUGGAACCCAGGCCAGCUCUGAGGCCCAGUUCAUCACUAGAACGCAAGCCAGUUCUGAGAUGCAACCCAGCUCCAGAACCCAGCUCUCCUCUAGAACCCAGGACAGCUCUGAGGCUAAGCUGAGCUCUGAUAUAAAGUCAAGUUUGGGAACCCAGACAAGUUUUAAGAGCCACCCCGGCUCUGAAAUCAAUCCUAGUUCUGAAAGUCAGGCCAGCUUUAUGACCCAGCCCUGCCUUAAAACUCGACCCAACUCUGGAACGCAAGACAGUUCCAUGACCCAGUUGUACCUGGACACCUGGUCUAGCUCAGAAACACCAGUUAGUUCUGGAACCCAGGUGAGACUCAAGAAGCAGCCCAGUUCCAGAAGCCACGUCAGCUCAGGAUUCAAAGACAGUUCCGAAACGCAACCCUAUUCUCAUGCCCAGACCAGCUCAGGAACCCAGAUGCACGCUGCAGAGCAGUCCAGGCCCAGACCCCACCCCCAUACUAGGGCCCAGCCCAGCUCCAACGAUGAGUCCAGCUCAGAGACUGAGCCCAGCUCUAUACCCCAGACUAGCGCAACAAGCAGGCCUGUCUCCAGAAUUCAGACAAGCUCUGGACCCCCAUCCAUCUCUGGGGCAAGGCCCGCCUCCAGAGCUCCACUUGAUGCCAAGACCCACCCUCACUGCAGAACACAGAGCAGCUCUAGAACAUCAGCCAGCUCUGGGACCCAGACAGACUUCAAGGCUUGGCCAACUUCCAGAGUUCAGUCCAGCUCAGGCACUCCACCCAGCUCCAGAACUCAGCUCAGUUCUAGAGCGCAGGCCGGCUCUGAAAUCCCAUCGAGCUCUAAAACACAGUCAAUUGCUGAGACCUACUUGAGUUCCAGAGUCCAGCUAAAGUCUGGGCCUGGGACCCAGACCAAUGCAGCAACAGACUUAAGCUCCACGGCUCUGUCGAGCUCUGAGAGCAGGCCCAGCUCCAGGACCCAGCCCUGCCUGGGAAGUCAAAACACCUCUGGGACCCAGCUCGUCUCAGAAACCCUGCAAAGCUCUCGAAACCAACUCCAGACCACACCCCCAGGCAACUCUGCUAUUGAGCCGGACUUUGGGAGACAGACCAGCUCUGGAAGUCCGCUCAUCUCUACAGCCCAGCCCAGCUCUGGGACCCAGACCAGUUCAAGAAUACAGCCCAGCUCUGGAACCCAACCCAGCUCCGGAACGCAGACCAGUGCUGGAACCCAGCUCAUCUCUGAGACCCAGCCCAGCUCUGGGACCCAGACCAGUGCAAGAAUUCAGCCCAGCUCUGGAGCCCAGCUCAGCUCCAGAACCCAGUUCAGCUCUAGAAUUCAGUUCAGAGCUGAGACUCACCACAGCCCUGAAACCCAGACCAGUUCAAGAACCCAGCCCAGCUCUGGAAUCCACCUUACUUCCAGAACCGAAUCUGUUUCUGAAACGCAAUCCGGCUCCAGAAGCCAGACCAGCUCAAGAAUACAGCUCAGCUCUAGAAAUGGGCUCCGCCCACCAACCCCUGGCCUUGACCCCAGAACCCAGGCUGAUGCCACUGCCCCAGCCCGACCUCAACACCCAGGCCCAUCACUCAGAGCCCCACCUACAGGUCCUAGGAGGGUCUCUCACCCUCAGUCCCAUGAUCGGGUUCAAGGAGCCCAGGCCGAUACUGGCCCAGGCCGAAGCCCAUCCACUUCUGCCCUGUUCCCACGGCCGUGGUCCCCCUCCGUCCCGCAGAAACCAGCCCUUCCCCCCAAGCCCCAGCUGAGACCCCAGAAGUCCACCCCACCCACCAAAUCUGUCAUCCCUAGUUCUGCCACCAGGGCGGCCCUCCUGCAUUCCCAGCCCCCUGAACCCUCAGCUCAGGGGCCUGCCCCCUCCCCCGAGCUCAGGGAGCCAGAGCCAGCUCCGCCGGCGUCAGAGCCCCUCCCCUACCAUGGGGGGCUAUAGCUUGGGGGUGACAUACUUGUGGCCCCCAUCCCCUCUCCUGCCCCUCCCAGCCUGGGUCCCCCAGAAGCAGCAGGUGACCUCAUUCCCCCACAGGCGGGGUGGGGGGUGGUGAGGGAGGGUGGACACAGGGGCUUUGGUUUCACC